CCCGCCCCGCGCGUCACGUGAUCCGGUCUCCAUCGUCGCCAUCUUGAAGCGGUGGCCGGGGUGAGAGGGGGGAGGAAAAAGAAAAAAGAGAGAUUAAAAGGAAAAAAGCAAAACCAAAAAAGCCCCUCGGCGAGGCCGGCGCGAGCGGGGAGCGGCGGCGCGGCCUGGUCGCCGCGGCGGCCGGCAGGGUCUUUUCUCUGAGUCUCUGUGCUGCUUUUCAGAUGAAAAAGAUAUUAUGGAAGAAGGAAGCAGUGUUGCAGUAUUGAUGCCAAAUAUUGGAGAACAGGAAGCUGUACUGAUUUCUGAAACAGUCAUUGGUCCAACACUGCAAAACAGUGAAGAUGAGAGAAAAUGUAAAACUGAUCCACUAAUCCAUGUUAUUCAGAAGCUAAGCAAAAUAGUUGAAAGUGAGAAGUCGCAAAGAUGCCUUUUAAUAGGAAAAAAGCGUUCCCAUCCUAAUGCUUCUGUGCAGUCCUUUGACACAGAAGGUCUUUGUGAAAUUCCAGCUAAAACAAUUGAGCUAUCUGUUAUUGGUACUAAAAAGACUGAGGAGUUACAAGCAGAUUAUUAUGUGACUGAUUGUCUUCCACAAAGCAAAAAAAAGGUGACAUGCUACCAGUGUAGUCUGUGUAAGUUUCUAUCACCAUCUCUCUUAACACUACAAGAACAUAUAAAACAACAUGGCCAAAAAAAUGAAGUGAUAUUAAUGUGCUCAGAAUGUCAUUUUGCUUCUAAAAAUCAAGAAGAGCUUGAAUCUCACUUCCAAAAUUACCAUGAGAAUGACAGUAAAAAUAGCAUCCAGACAAAAGCACAGCAAUGUGUAAAUGUCUCAAGUUCAUUUUUGCAAGGGCCAGUGGAAGGAAGUGUCAAAUCAGGGACUGAUCAGACAGGAAAUCUGGAAUGCAAAGAUAAAACUCAGCCUACUCGUGUGGCUGAAAUGGGUAGGAGAAAGUGGUAUACUUACGAGCAGUAUGGCAUAUACCGGUGUCUAAUUUGUCGAUACACCUGUGGUCAGCAAAGAAUGUUGAAAACACAUGCUUGGAAACAUGCAGGCGAAGUUGAUUGUUCCUAUCCUAUCUUUGAAGAAGAAAAUGAAACUACAAAUUUGUCAGAGACGGUUGUAACUCAUACACCUCACAGUAUGGAUGCAGUUGUUCUUUCAUUGGAAAACAGUGAGCUAGAUAUCCAUAGUGAACAUUCUCUUCAACUUCAGAUUUGCAAUUCUGAGCAAAUGUCGUGUAAAUCGCCAGUAGGAGCAAAUGUAAAAGAGGAAGAGGUGUUAAAUCAGUCAAUGGCACACUCUCCUACUACAGAAGUUUUAGAGGAGACUGUAUCAGAUACAGAACAGGAUAAUUUGAUAACUGAUAGCCUACUUUCAUCAGCACAGAAAAUCAUUAAUUGUAGUCCAAAUAAAAAGGGUCAUGUUAAUGUAAUAGUAGAGCGUUUGCCAAGUGCUGAAGAAAGUGUUUUACAAAAGCCUUUCUUGAUGAAUACUGACAUUGAAACAGAAAAAAAAUUAAUCUCGGAGGGCUCCCAUGUUAUCUGUGAAGGACCUGAAGUUUAUCGUUCAGAUGAAAUUCAAGAGGUGAUAAUAGGAUGGAGUAAUACUGAGAAGAAAGAUAAUGAGUUAAGCUCUAAUAAAAACAUAGCAACUGAUGAAAAUGCUCCUCCUGUACGAAGAAGGACAAAUUCAGAGUCUUUACGGCUACACUCAUUGGCUGCAGAAGCUCUUGUUACAAUGCCUAUCAGAGCUGCAGAACUAACAAAGUCUAGCUUUAGGACUUUCACUGGGGAAGACUGUGUGGAUGCAGAUACAGGGCAGAGAGAUGCUGAUGGGCCAUAUGCAGCUCAUUCUAAAGUGGUAUCCUCACUUAAGAAUCCUUCAGAAGAGUUUAGUAGCUUAAACCAAAGUGACUGUGCAAUAGUGGAGAUAGAUAAAGAAAGGCCAGAGUUAUCGGAAGCACCAAUUAAAAUGGGCAUUAGUAUGUCACUACUCACUGUCAUUGAAAAAUUGAAGGAGAGGACAGAUCAGAACGCUUCUGAUGAUGACAUUUUGAAAGAAUUACAAGACAACGCACAAUGCCAAAAUGCAAAUGAUGCAAAUGUUCCAGGAAGUAACCUAGUAGAAUAUAUACCUAAUGUAGAUCGACCCUACCGCUGUCGCCUCUGCCAUUAUAGCAGUGGUAAUAAGGGCUACAUAAAACAACACUUGAGAGUCCAUCGUCAGAGGCAGCCGUAUCAGUGUCCUAUCUGUGAACACAUUGCUGACAAUAGUAAGGAUCUAGAGAGCCACAUGAUCAACCACUGCAAAACAAGAAUGUAUCAAUGCAAGCAAUGUGAAGAAUCCUUUCAUUAUAAGAGCCAACUGCGAAAUCAUGAGAGAGAGCAACACAGUCUUCCAGAUAUCUUUUCAACAGCUACAUCUAACAAACUAAUAGUUUCCAAUGAAGUAGAUGAAAGAGAAGGAAAUAAGGCUUCAGUUCAAAAACUGUAUAGAUGUGAUGUUUGUGACUACACAAGCACAACUUAUGUUGGUGUACGAAAUCACAGACGAAUUCAUAACUCUGAUAAGCCGUAUAGAUGUCGAGUAUGUGACUUUGCCACCACAAAUAUGAAUAGCUUGAAAUGCCAUAUGAGGCGCCACCCCCAGGAGCAUCAGGCAGUGCAGCUAAUGGAACAGUACAAAUGUUCUCUUUGUGGAUAUGUAUGCAGUCAUCCUCCCUCCCUGAAGUCCCACAUGUGGAAACAUGCAAGUGACCAAAAUUAUAAUUAUGAACAAGUGAACAAGGCUAUUAAUGAUGCAAUUUCACAAAGCAGCAGGUUUCAAGGACAGCUUCCUGAAAAAACCUUACUAGAAGGCAGUGAUGAAAGUACAGUACCUAUACUAGGAAUUUCAGACAACUUGGUGUCUUUUACAGAGUCUAUUAACCAAACUACUAAUGAAAUUUCAGGUUCUGAUGAAAAUGAAAAACCUAACGUGAUGAAUACCUCAUGCAGCUUAGAAAAGAACUCCACUCUGCCCCAUCUUGGCACAGAAUACUGUGUUCUUCUCUUCUGCUGCUGCAUUUGUGGGUUUGAGUCCACCAACAAAGAAAAUCUGUUGGAUCAUAUGAAAGAACAUGAGGGUGAAAUCAUAAACAUCAUUCUAAAUAAGGACCACAACACAACUCAGAGCACAAACUAGAUGAAGGAGUAAGUUAAAAACAGGAUUUCCUAGAGUGGAUAUUUUCUAUCUUUACUAAUUUUGCCUGAGAAACUUGCUAAAGAGAAGAAAUGCAAGCAAAAGUUGCUGAUUUCUGAGCCCAGUUCCUUGUUUCAUUAAGAGAACAUUAGCUUAGCCAGAGACAGAUGAAUCAUUUAAGAGAUAAAUUUCAGGUGUGGGUAGUAGAACAAUCCAUUUAAACCUGUUAUUUCUCUGUAUGGUGCCAAGAGUGUGUUCUUUAAUUUUUUUUUUUUUAAUUGUCAGGUACUAGUCCAUAAUAAUGCAUUAGUACAGUAAGUCAAAACCCAAAGGUAACAAAAAGCUUUGUAUCAAUUGAAAAGCUUUUUCUCUUCCUUCCUUUUUUGUUGUUUUGCAAUAUUUGGACAAAAAUAUUUUUACCCUCUUUUUUUAAUUUGCAAAAGACAGAUAGACAUUUUACAAUAUGAUCUUAUAAACAUAUUGCCUAGAUUUUAGAAGGCAGGUAGAAGGGAGGUGGGUGAGGGCACAUAUGUGUGCUUGCAUGUGCACAUAGGCAUUUCAUUCUCCCAGUCUAUUUUAAGGCCUUACAAACUCUAAGUCUUCUUCCUGAAAAAGAUUGGUAUCUUCUGUGUUGAUUCAGAGCAGCAGGAGCUGAGUAGCCUAGAAGCUUUUUGCUAACUAUUUGGCUGGUUAGAUCCUCACUAAAUAUCUGCCAUCUUUUGAUAGAUACAGUCUAAGUAAAAGUGUGUAAAGGAUCCUUUAUUAUAAUAUCCUGCUGUUCAUUAAUGGCUUUCUUUACACACUUAGCGAAUCCUAUUUGAAAAAACAAACAAAAGAAAGCAGAUCAUAUGUCAUUUUAACUUGUGGUGAUUACUUUGUGGUACACAUGAGCACCAUUUUUUUUAAAUGAGAAUAAUUAACAGAUAUGUAAUUGCCAAGAAGAGAUUUUUAAAGCUACAUAGAUUCCUAAAGAUGUGGAUGAGUACAAAGUGGGAUUUUGAGAAGUGCCUACAUGCUUUGGAGUUCUUUGAAAAUCCCACUCACUGUCCAAAAUUCCUACUUGUCUGGCUGUGCUGUAUCUACAGAAAUAAUUCACUGAAAAAUACAGUAAUCUUCCUGUAGAAUGUUCUAUUUCAAAAUAUCAAAUAUAAAAUAUGGGAAACAAUAUUUUAAGUAAAAACUGGAUCCAGUCAGUUGUAGAAUAAAUUUUACUAGUGCAUAUAGUAUGGAUUCAUAAAGGGAAUUAGGGAUUACUUUGUUUUCUAAGAAACACGUAGAAAUCUCUCCCUUUUAAAGCCUUUAGCUUCAAAGAUUACGAAACUGAUCUUUCUUACAGUUUCAGCAAUUUGCAGUAGAAGACAUCUGUCUAUGUAUCAGCUGGGAAUAUUAUUACACAGGCUAAUUACCUGGCAAAUUUGUUGAGAUUAUCUAUGAAGUCGGCUACUUAAAUUGUUUGAAAUACAUGCUUCCUACUGAGUGAGGUAGUAGCACUUCUGAAGAAGCCCUUUAGCAGCUUGAUUGAAACUUUCUAGUCUGGGCAUUUAAUUCUGCUUUUAAAGAAUGGCAGUUGCACAGAAGCACGCCUAGUUCAUGACAUGGUAAUGCAGUUACCUGUGUUUUAGUUGCUCAUUGCUUAAAAAAUGACUUACUCUUAGGAAAAAAAAAUAGUAUUUUAUGUUUAUUUCCUAUUUAUAUAUUUCUGCUAGCAGAAAUAAGCUGCAACUAUAAAUCUAAGAAGGUGGCAUAUGUAGUGUACAGUCUAUUGUGCUAUUGCUGACUAAGAGUGGCAAACGAGAAAACAACAAAAAAGUCUUGUUAUAACUUAAUGAAACAGCACAAAAUCUAAAGGCCAGUGUAAAAGGCACUAAGAUUCCAAAUACAUUUGGUGAUUUUUAAAGUGAUUUCCUUAAGCAUCUUCAACUUGUUCUUUUUUUUAAUCUAUCAUUUUGUUUAUGAAUUAGAUGAUUGCAGAAAGUACACAUUUUAUUUUAAAAUUGGUCUGGAUCUAACGUCAAAGCAUUUUUGUGUCAGAGAUAUUUGAGAUACUUUACACAGAGAUGUGAACUCAGUAUACAUAACUCUCAGUCAAAAGCUGGGUUUUUAUAGUCAUACAGGUGGAUUUUACAUUUUAAAAUGAUGAUUCAUUUUCAUUUUCCAUCUCUAGUUGAAACUGAGAUUACUUUUAAUGGGCUAUUGUUAUUGUCCUAUUGACACAAAUAUUUUAUUUUCAAUUGAGAAUUCAUGUGAAAGCAGUAAAUUAUUUGGAAUUUAUCUGGUCUUCAUCAUUCAGAGAGCCCAUUUACUGAAAAAUUCAAAGGUACAAAGAGAUCCAUACUAGUGUUAAACUACCGAUCUGUGUUCAUAGAAACAGUAUUUUGCCACAUUCUUAUUUUUCAGUAAAAGGAUAAUGUAUUUUAAAGUUGCUAUGCUAGUGUAAAAAAAAAAAAAAAAAAAAAAAAAGGAAAAAAACUUGCAUUCAUAAGCUGAGAGGAAGAUGGCAAUGAACCAAGACUUACAAAGCAAGUAACUUUGAAUCAAAAUUAACAGUUUUGGUGUGUGCGUGUCGUCCACACUGCAGUGUUAAGUAUAACACACCAAGAUUCAUUGUAAUGGGAUUACUGAGCAGGAUGCAUCUAUUUACAGUUUUUCUUUGCAAUCUUGUUGCUUUUUUCAGUUUGAGUAUGUGUUACUAUAAAACAGUAGAAAGUUGGUUGCCUCUGAAAACUCUUACCAGUCCUAACAAAUGCCAACAAAUAAUUCUUCCCCAUCUGCACAGAGAUUUUACUGUCUCCAUGCUGCUUGCCAUUAGUUAUCCAUUCAAAAAUCCCAUGGAUUUUAUCAGAAGUUCUGCAUGUGAAGUAAUUAUAGGCUCAAUUUUUGAAAGCAAAUUAUUCCUCAGGAUAUCUGCUUUAGAAAGUGUGUGGUUGGCUUGGUUGCAUGUUAUGUAAGGGUUUUUCAAGCACAUUUCCAGGUUACCAGCACUGCAGUCUCCCCCUUUCUUUAAGUUUUUAAAAUAUUUUAGGAUCUUCUGUCACAAAACUAUCAGUUGAUCAGGAAUUCACUUGCUGUUUGCUUUAAAUAGAUUUUUUUGGCAUGUGAACUGUAACUCUCAGUUUUGACUUUACAUGCCUAUAGUUCUACUAAAGAGAAGACUUCACUCAUACUAGACUAUACUGACAAAUAGGUGGGUAUUUCAUCUUUCCGACUUAUACUUGGCCUGGAAAAAUAAAGUGGUUUUCAGUCAGAGUUACUGUAUUUUCCUCUUUCAGAAGCACUUAUUUAAUCAUUUAAAAAAUGUACAGUUGGUGCUCAAAGUAACAUUUGUUAAGAUAUAUUUAAUAUAAAUUUACAUUUGCAUUUGAUAUUCAUGGACAUGGGUACAUGUAUUUUUUUAAGAAAACAUAUUGUAACACUAUGGCACUGCUUUUAUAGCCAAAGUAUAAAAAAAAAUUUAGAAAACUGACAUGUAAAGACUGCAGUUAAUUCUGAUGCUGUAUCUUAUUAAAUAGGAUGACUUUCAUUUUAUAAAAUUAUCCAGCACAUUAAGCUGCAUGCCUUAAGCUCUCUCUAGGAUUGUGUUCCUGAUAGAAGACUGUCUGUUUGGAACUAUGAAGCAAAGUCUGUAGUACUACUUUAACUACCUUCUGAAAUACUGUACAAUGUUAGAAUAAUUUAUUUUGCUUUACAGGAGUUUGUCACGUAUUGACUUUAAUAUUGUAUUUUGGUAAUAAACCUUUUUUGUUAAA